GGAACUCUGGAUAGGAGAGUGGUUGUGAGCGGCACAGAUAGGCGUGAGAAGGAACAACACAACAACCUUCUGCUUUUUGUGGGACAGCGGCCUGUAGACUGAUAUCAGGCGACACGUGUUGCCACAACUUGGACUUUACCGGACUCGGGAGGACAUCCAUCAUGUUGCUAAGUCUCGUCACCUUGGCAACUGCCGUCGGGAUUGUUUCUCCGCAGGAUGUCCUAGUCACCGCACCGCACUCCCGGAUACCCGUCGACCCGGAGGUGUACAUGGAUGCUACGGAGCUGAUCACCAGCAAGGGCUUCCCGUGUGAGAACCACUACGUCACUACAGAAGACGGAUUCAUCCUCAACAUGCAGCGGAUCCCUCACGGCAGGGGAGACAACUCGUCGGGGACAGCCAAGCGCGCGGUGAUGAUGCAACAUGGCCUUCUGGGUAGCUCACCUAACUUUCUGGUGAACCUCGCCAACGAGAGCCUCGCUUUCAUCCUGGCCGAUGCUGGUGCAGACGUGUGGCUGGGCAACGUGCGCGGGAACACUUACUCUCGUGCCCACAAGACGCUGAAACCAUCGGACAGGAAGUUCUGGGAAUGGAGUUACGACGAGAUGGCGAAGUACGACCUGCCCGCCAUGAUUGACUACAUCGUACAGACGACCGGGCAGCCCCAGGUCCACUAUGUCGGACACUCCCAGGGGACACUCAUCGGCUUCGCGGGCUUCAGUCAGAACAAGACUCUGGGUCAGCUGGUCAAGACCUUCAUCGCCCUGGCCCCAGUGGCGACCGUCGGGCACAUCAAGAGUCCCAUCAGACUUCUGGCGCCGUUCUCGAAGGAACUUAAGGAAGCCUUUGCUUUGUUAGGCCACGGCGAGUUGCUGCCGAGUAAGAAUCUGACCAAAUGGCUUGCGAGAACCAUAUGUAAAGAUGCGUCUGUCCUCUGCGAAAAUCUGUUCUUUGUCGUGAAUGGCUUCGACUACCGGUCACUCAAUUUUUCUCGAGUUCCCGUGUAUAUGGCGCACACACCCGCCGGAACCUCCACACAGAACAUCCUGCACUUCGGACAGGGCGUCAACUCCGACAAGUUCCUGAUGUUCGACUUCGGGUCUGCGGCUGCUAAUACGGCGCACUAUGGACAGGCCACGCCACCUGCCUACCGCCCGGAUGAGAUGGACGUGCCCGUGGUGUUGUUUAGCGGAGGAAAAGACUUCCUGGCAGACCCGGAUGAUGUCACGUGGAUCCGGUCUCAGCUGAAGCACAUAGUGGGAGAUCACGUGAUCCCUCACUGGGAACAUUUGGACUUUACUUUGGCUCUUGACGCCCCGGUUCUCUGUUACGAUAAAAUUAAACGGAUUGUUUUUGGUUGAUCAAACCACAUCUUAGACCCAAAGAAAAAGAAAAGUCAUUGCGAGUGUUGUUUUUUAAUUAACUCACAGCCCCGAAGGAUUAAUAAUUAUCUGUGGUCAAGG